AUGUCGUCGACUGUGCUGGAGCAGCUACGCGCUGAACAGGAGGAAAUCGAAAUGCUUGAGCGCGCGAUCGUGGCCACGCUUAGCGAGAAAUCACGCAAUCAUCGUAGCCGCAUUCUGCACGGUCACAAGGUAAGCAUCUUACUUAACGAAGUAGCGAAGCACAGCAAGCACGUGAAGGAGCUUUACGAUGACGAGGAUAACAUUUUUGCUGAGGAGACAGACAACAUGCGCGGAAGAGCGGUAUUUACGUCAUUUUAUGAGCAACUUAAGUCUGUUCGGUCAUUCCACCGCAAAUAUCCGAACUCGAUCGUCUCCCACGAGCCUAAUUUGGAAGAGGCAUUGCAUCCAAACGUACAAUUUUCGGGCGAUGAGCGUUUUGGGAAGUACGUAGAUUUGAACGAAUUCUUUACGCGCUUUGUUAAUAUUCCAGAGCUGAAAUGGCAAGCCCUGAAGACUCAAAAAGCUCUAGGGUCUCGUUCUGUGAUCAAGGGAAAGCAGAAAUCGGUUGGCCCCCCAAUUGAUUAUCUGGCGUAUCUAGCGUCUUUUGCGGAUUUCUCGGCCAUUCCAACAGCACAGAAGACCCAAUCAAUGCCGUACCAGCAGUACUUGACAGACUUAAAGGAGUAUCUAUUAGGUUUCUAUCGCCGGACGCAGCCUCUUGUGGAUUUGGAUGAUGUUAUUGCUGAAACUUCUGCUAAGUUCGAAAAGCAAUGGGCUUUACAUGAGGUUGCUGGGUGGGAUGUGAAUCAAGAAAGUGAUACUAAGGACUACAGCAAAAGUUGUAAGCAUUUUUGCAAGCUUUGUAACAAAGCAUUCGGCUCGGCAGGUGUGUAUGAUGGCCAUCUGAAAGGAAAAAAACACAAAAAGGCAGUUGCUGCAAAUACAGCAAUCUCUUCAAUGAGUAACGGCGCCGCCUCUAAUGGCGCGAAAUUACGCAAAGACACCAAGAUGGUAGUGGAGGCGAAGCAAAAGUCCAUUGCUUUUGACGAAGUCCUGAUUCGCCGCAUGUAUGAGCUUUUGACGGAAGUCGUGCAAGGUACAAUUUCUUACUUGGAACUAAAGCAGACGAGGACACACGAGGAAUUACAAGCAGAAAUCGAAGAAGAGGAUGAAGGUACAUUCUCUGAUGUAGACGUUGAAAAUGAGAAUGAAGAAGAUGAGGAAGAAGAGCAGCUGUACAAUCCUUUAAACUUACCUAUUGGCUGGGAUGGCAAGCCUAUUCCGUAUUGGCUGUACAAGUUGCACGGCCUUGGUGUCGAGUAUAAGUGCGAAAUCUGUGGUAAUCACAGCUAUUGGGGACGACGUGCAUUUGAUCGCCACUUUCAAGAGUGGCGCCAUGCCUUUGGAAUGCGUUGUCUGAAGAUUCCAAACACGAAACAUUUCCAUGAUAUCACACUUAUGAGAGAUGCUAUUCAACUUUACGAGAAGCUUAAAGACCAGAUCGAUGCUGAAAGCUGGAAUGCCGCAAAUGAGGAGGAAUUCGAAGAUUCAGAAGGCAACGUACUUAAUCGAAAGACGUUCGAGGAUCUGGCUCGGCAAGAGCUAGCAAGUCAAUUCACUUUUAUAAUUCUUACUCAAACGAGAACAGGUGCGGUACGAUGA